AUGAGCGAAAGAAACGAGAAAUCUUCUGGAGUUGCCGGUGAAAAAUCUUCAGAUUCCAUCAACGAAGAGCAGCCAAGUGGGAGCAGAGUGAGGAAACACAAUGAAGAGUCUUCUGAAAUAUAUGCAAAAAGGCGCAAGACAUCUGAUGGAAACUCAGAGAAUAUUGCGGCGGUGGAGCUGAAUGGAAUGAAAUGCAAUGAAUCCCCAUCACUUAAAUCUAUAUUGGAUUUAAACGAGUAUUGCUGGAUCGCCAUAUUUUCUUAUCUCAGUUUGAGGGACCAACUUAAACUGGCUGGUUCAAAUCGAAGAAUAUCCGAAAUUUACAAGUCGUAUAUACGACACAGAUACAGACAUAUUGAUGAGCGUGUCACGACCAAUAUUGACGAAACCGAUUUGGCACAUCUUCUGGAACUCAUGGGCGAGAAUGUAAUCAGCUAUGAGUCAUCAUUGGAUCCUCAGGACGAUGGGGAGCAGCAUAUGUGGCUUUUGCGUACUUACACCAAGGAGCUGCAACACUUGAAGAUGACUUUUCGACGCCCCAAUUCGAGAGACCUUUUGAGUUUGCGCCAGUUGACUUCCCUGCAUGCCCGUCUGUAUUUUGGUAAUGCAGAAUCGUGUCUUAAAUUCAUUAUCAACCUUGUGCACUUGCCAUGCCUAAGGAAAUUGAAAUUGGAGGCUCCAAAUUAUAAUGGUGAGGGGUUGUAUUUCCUGGAUCAUCUUGAGUUCCUGGAAAUUGGCAGUCAUCCUGGAUUUGAUGCCGAAAAACUGGCGGAUUGUUGCCUGAAGAUGAAGAGACUUCGACACCUCAAUAUUGGCAAGUACAUUGACAACCUUACGGCGGAAAACUUUUGGUUGAUAGUACAGAAUUGCCGAAAUUUGGAGCGAUUGGCGUUUGGAGAACACCUCCUGGAACUUAAUGUACCCUAUGAGAUCAUAAGUCAGCUGCCCAGGCUGAAGCACUUGCAGUUGUGGCAUUCGGUCUCUAUCAAAGCAGACUUCAUCGAAAAGCUUAUCCAAAAGGUGGGCGACCCAUUGGAAAGUCUCGUUUUGAUGGGAAACAAACUGAGGAGUGAGCAGGUGGAACAUUUGUGUGAAAUAUCCUCGCUCAGAGAACUCCAUGUAGCCUGUGAUUCUGUUCCCCUGGAAGGUCUUUUGAAGCUAAAGAAUAUUGAGUACCUUCAUAUAAACAUGCCAGAUAUAACCAACGAACAACUAAUGGAGCUGCUAAAGGGCUGCCCCCGCCUGACUUUACUCAGUGUUCAAAACGCUCAUUUAAUUACCUCGGAAUUUGUACGUGAUGCAACUUUGUUCUGGAAGCACACACGCAGUCAAUCUGAUUUGAUCAAAGUCGUCUAUUUGCAUUAUUCUUCUGUAAAUUGGAAUUUAGUACAAAUGUUUAAUGACGAUAAGGUAAUUCGGUUUCUACGUGGCUCUCUGCGCGCUCCUAUUUUAAUAAACGAAGAGCUUACGAACAACUAUCAGGUUGAACAGUCAUCAAAUCAACUCUAA